GAUCCGCAGCCAGUAAUCGGCGGCCCCCAACAGAGCACCCUUGAGAUUGGAGCUGCAUAUGCUGCCGUGCGCCCACUCAAGGAUCCGACGGCUGACACAACGCGCGGAGAGCUUCCAUAUCCGGUCCACACAGAGUUCUCGUCGCACAAGCAAUCACGGCUCCCGUUGGGCUCACUGUCCUAAUCAACAUAUCCCCUCAAUCGCCUUUUGUUUCCUCUCGAGAGCACACGACUAUAGAAAGGCCUUUGUUAUUUGUUUGUGUCUUGUGUUAUCCUCCUUGGCCAUCGCAUCGUUUGCCAUACCCGCCCUACUCGACGUAUAGCACACGCUAAACCUUUAGCAUCUAUUGUAGGGUGACAUCAGACAUGGACAUGAUACGGAAGGGAAAGGAGAAAUGGAA